AUGUUUUCGACAAUGCCAGUUUACUCCUUUAAUAAGGAAUCUCAGCAGACGGCUGCGAGGUCUCCCCCUGAGACUAGGCGUCCUUCGACUGCAUGCUCUCCGACCGCACCGAUUUUUCAACUUCAGAACGGACUCGGCGAGUUUCUUGAACCAGCGAUUGACGGACCGCCGUCGCCGGAGCACCUCCGGGCGCUCAAUAAUGAGAUGAAGCGUAAUUCGAAUACCGAUAGACAUCUAAGUGAAGGAACCUCAUCGGGCGCGUCUUCACGUCUCUCAGCAACAUCAGAUCGACGAUCAUGGAAUCAGAGCAUGGAAAGUCUUAGUUUAUCGAGGAACCCAUCUCAACGGUCCGCCUCGAGUGGUGUACCAACACGUGAGCGAACGGACAGUGUGCAAUUCUUCAGCAAAGGAAUGUUCUCCCGGAGUAGAGGGAGACUACGGAGGGAAAGUAGUGAUCAGAGCAGCUCGAAUAGCUCAUUAGACGCGUCCGAGAUGCCGAUCGACGCCUUGCCUAAGGAUCAACCAUUCAUCUCAUCAGUGUUCGCGCGACGGAGGGCAUUGAGGGGAGAGACGAGCGCGCCGGCACCCCAAAAGAAGCUACAGAUAUCGGGACCUUACAACUUCCAGCACCUUACCCACACGAAAAAGGAUAGUGUUCCCCAGAUCGACCGAACUAACCACUUGGAACUUGUAUCGGAAUUCUCUGGCAUGCGUCCACGACGACCUACUAACGCGUCAUUGAGUGGUGCCCAGCAAGCCGAGUCGCAAUUUACGGCUUUCCCCUCUGAGACCUUCUAUCAUCAGGAAGACCCAUCGGCGGGUCUAUACGUCGAUGGGGCACAAUCACGAGACAAAGCGUUGCCUCCAUCACCACCACCUCCACCUCCAUCAACGCGGUACGCUAAGCGAUCACAAUCUCAGGAUAAGAUCCGCUAUGCGCCUCCACGCCCGCCCCGGUCUCCUCCAUUCGAUAGUGGUGUUACAUCGCCGAUACCGCCGCCGCCGAGAACCUCUAGUCGGGUAUCGGUUCGUCAUGGUAGGUAUGACUCUUUGACUAUGGCUAGAAUAGCGGCCACAACGCUUGCGGAGCGCCCCGCAACAACUACUGGCUUUCGCAAGCCGGAACCGUUUGCACCUACCUCUCCUAAGGAAGUCUCCCCCAAGGGAUAUUCACCUAAAGGCUUGCGGCCUCCCCCUCCUCCGCGUGCUACUCCAAUGGUAGAAUCUGUCGAAGAAGAAACAGAAUCAGAAAUGUUUCCUCGCGCCAUUAGCACCCCCGAUGAUGCUGCUUGGCCUUUGGCUAAUAGCAUAAGCUCUUUACCUGACGUCCCAGAAGAGGAAGAGCAUCAUGCGCUGUCUCGACCAUCGCGCAUGAGCGUUGCGAGUAACCACUCUUCCCUUAGGGGUAGUAUAUCGGUUCCUCUACUUCGUCAACUGUCCAUGACACAAUCGCAUCAACGACCACCUAGCAAUGCUUCCGAUACUUUAGGCUUGUUUAAUGCUCAGCGCUUAAUGCGCACAGGCACUGGUGAUGAGUAUUUCGCAGAUGAUAUGGAUAGGGAUAACUGGGAGGACGAUAUCGACUAUUGCUACGAGCAUGAAGCUGAAGCGGACUGUGACUAUGCCUGGGAAAGGCCGUCGUGCGACAUUGCUCGAGGAGUCGAGGCCGAGACUGUCAUCACUUUUACUGGCCCCUUCGGCGGUAGCCUGGCAUGUGAGCUACUGUCUCCUGGGAACUCUGAUGUCCCUGCGCUAAGUCCGGCAAGCCAAACCUCCAACACGGAGAGGCACGAAGUUAUCACACCAACCAACCUUCCUGUAACCUCCAACUUCUCUCUUCCGCGACGGGAAAGCUCAGCACAGCUUCUUCGCGUGCACAAGCGAACACAAUCCCCGGAAACCAACUUCAAGGAGUCUCAGGGCUUCAGCCUGUCGCCUUCUCUCUUGAUACCGAACGACUACCACCAGCAAAUGCUUCGAUACGAGAGGGAAGAGCUACAAGACAGCGAAGACGAAGACUUCCUCAUCCAAGGAAAUACCUUCGAUGACCAGCCUAUUAUCACAUUUGGCAAGGCGAACAACAUCCGUUCUAGCGCCUCGACAACCAAUUCUACCCUUUCAGAGCACUCCAUGACUUCCAGCCGCCACAAGUCGACAAACUCAACUUCCACAGCCUACACCCGCUGGACUGGCAGCAGCACAUCCAGCUGGGCGGCGCGCGACCCAUCCCAGCCUAUUAUACAGAAGGCGAUAAACGAUAACGUGUUACCCGUUAUCACAUCGCCUACGGCCGUAGUAGCACCUACGUCAUUCGAGGAGAUGUCUCCGAAGCAAGAAAAGCCGGCCGAGAAGCACGGGAGAACGCAAUCCCACGCCGGCCUACUCAUGAGGAGCAACUACGAUGCGGCACCGCCAGUCGACCAGAAGCAGCCGGCGAAAGAGUCCAAGGAGCCCAUCAGGACGCGUAGGCGGGCCCGGACUACGAGCCGAAGCCACGCGUCUCCCCAAUUCGCCCUCUUCCCAGCCGUCACCUCCCACGGCAACCGCAUCUAA